AUGAGUUUGUCAAGACUACAAACCGACAUUGCCACUGCUACAAUGGAAGCGGAAUACAAUGCGCUGUCUAUGGUAAUGCGUGAUAUCUUACCUCUACGAAGAGUUUUCAAGACGGUAGCUCAAGGACUCGGGCUAUCCAAUGAAACAGCCACCUCUCUAAAGACAACUGUGUGGGAAAACAAUAUGGGAUGUCUGAAACUAGCUCGCCUCAAGCCUGGACAAUACACCCCAAGAUCCAAACACUAUGCAGUCAAAUAUCACUGGUUCCGAUCUCACGUUUCGGAUUCCACAAACAACAUAUCGGUUGAAUAUAUUGAAUCAGAAGCUCAGAAGGCCUAUAUUCUAACAAAGGGACUUACCUUGGACAAGUUCCGCUCCAUUCAAAAACUACUCUGCAGAUGGUAA